AUGGGGUUCUUUGGUAAAAAGGACGGAUCCCUCGACCCCCAUGCCGGUAGCAAUGCGCCGGACGACGAUAUCAGAGAAGCUCCGGUCGUCAGAGACCCGGAAAAGCAAUUGCCGAUUCACGAUGACGAUGUCCAGACCGCGUUGCCGCCCAUGCCUGCGCCGUCGAUCGACAUCGACCCCGCUGUAGAGAAACGACUGCUACGAAAGCUCGAUUGGAGGGUUCCGACGCUGCUGGGGUUCCUGUGUAAGCCGGAAACGCUUAUGCUAUGA